CAAACCACAAAAUAUAUCUGGACAGCGUUGCCACUACAGUAAUGGUGAAUGACAAAGAGGUGAAUGUGCGGACCAUUACGGUGGAGGACCGUACUGGGAAGGUGAAAGUCAGCCUGUGGCGCAACAUUGCAGCAGAGCCUGUGGUUUUGGGGGAUGUUGUUGCCAUCACCAAUAUUGUUGUCAACAGCAAGAGAUAUAACAAUGAGGAAUCCCUGUCGUCCACACAAUUUACAAAGAUAGAGGUUACUGACAUGCCAAACACCGAGAUGACGGCCACCAUUCUAGGACUUGACCUGGGUGAUGUGGAAUCCCAGUUACUCACAGAACAGGAUGGAAUCUUCAAUGUAUCAAACGAAGUGCUAGUUGCAGCCUUUCAGUGUCAGUUGGAAGACAUUACAGCCAAACUACCAAAAACACUGAAUUUCAUAGCCAAAGGACAGUCUGUGGUCACCUUUAAUGAGUGAAAAAUCAUGUUCAAAGUUUAUAGUUUAGAGAUGUUUACUUUUCAUACACUGGAGCAUGACAGUCUGUGGUCACCUUUAAUGAGUGAAAAAUCAUGUUCAAAGUUUAUAGUUUAGAGAUGUUUACUUUUCAUACACUGGAGCAUGACAGUCUGUGGUCACCUUUAAUGAGUGAAAAAUCAUGUUCAUAGUUUAUAGUUUAGAGAUGUUUACUUUUCAUACACUGGAUCAUUCAUAGUGUUGCCUGUUAUAUCAUUCCAUCACCAAGAAUUACCAAACUUGCUAGCUCUUGACCUGGGUGGUGUGGAAUCAAGCUUAGUCACAGAACAGGAUGGAAUCUUCACUAAAUCGAACGAGGAUCUAGUUAUCACCUAGGAUUACCAAACUUAGUGUGAGGAUGCAUAUAUUGAAUGCAGCGUUCCACUUUCAUCAGUUUCAUGUCCUUCUGACGUUGACCUUUACAUUUGAUCUUCAUUAUUUAGAGUAAUAUUCUUGAUGAAAAUUCACUUUAAA